AUGCCGCGCAUCUCGCACGGCAACAUCGCCGAUGCGCUGCAGGCCAAGCUCUCGCAGCCCGACGCCGAGGACGCGUUCUUUGUUGCCGACCUGGGCGAGGUUGCGCGCCAGUUCUACCGGUGGGUGCGCCAUCUGCCGCGCGUGCAGCCGUUCUUUGCCGUCAAGUGCAACCCGGAUCCGCUGGUGAUCAAGCUCCUGCACCGCCUGGGCGCCGGCUUCGACUGCGCCAGCAAGGCCGAGAUCCAGCAGGUGCUGGGCGAGGGCGCCCAGCCCAGCAACAUCGUGUAUGCCCACCCGUGCAAGCCGGCGUCGCACCUGCGGUUUGCCAAGGCCAAUGACGUGGCCAUGAUGACCUUUGACAAUGCCGACGAGCUGUACAAGCUGCAGCAGCAGUACCCGGGCGCCAAGGCCAUCCUGCGCAUCCUGACCGACGACUCGCACUCGCUGUGUCAGCUGGGGCUCAAGUUCGGCGCUGCCCUGGACACCACCCAGCGCCUGCUGGCCACCGCCAAGCAGCUGGGCAUCAACGUUGUUGGCGUCAGCUUCCAUGUCGGCAGCGGAUGCCAGAGCGAGCAUGCUUUUAGCGACGCUGUGAUGCGCGCGCGCCAGGUGUUCGACCAGGCUGCUGCCCUGGGCUUCAACCUGGAGCUGCUCGACAUUGGCGGCGGAUUCCCCGGCCGCGGCGACGCCAGUGGUCUGGCUUUCGAGGACGUGGCUCGUGUGCUCACCGCUGCCAUCGACAAGUACUUUGCCGACAUGCCCUCCCUGCGCAUCAUCGCCGAGCCCGGCCGCUACUUUGUUGCGUCUGCUUUCACGCUGGCUGUCAACAUCGUGGCUCGCCGCCAGGUCGGCGUGCUGAACAACACUGCGCCCACCGGCGACGAGAACCCUGCGUUCAUGUACUACGUCAACGACGGCGUCUACGGCAGCUUCAACUGCAUCAUGUUUGACCACCAGCACCCGGUGCCGCGCGUGCUGACCGCAAACUCGCAGUUCAUCAAUGCCCCGGCUGACGCCCAGCUUGGCAUGAUGUUUGAGAGCAGCGUGUGGGGUCCCACCUGCGACUCUAUCGACUGCAUCAUGCCGUCGGGCAUGCUGCCGGAGCUGCAGAUCGGCGACUGGCUGGUGUUUGAUGGCAUGGGUGCCUAUACCAACUGUGCCGCGUCGCGCUUCAACGGAUUCCGCCUCAGCGACAUGGUCUACGUUGACACCGAGGGCAUGCUGCUCUGAAUGGCGUCUGGCCUUUGGCGCCCAUUCAUACCAUUCGUCAUUGACAGUCCCAAGAGCGGCCACAUGUGCCAUUGAUUGUGUGGGAACGCACCACUCGUUAGCACUCUAAUGUCAUUUAAUACAUGGUGUCCUCGUU